AUGGACAAAGAAUUCAAAAGAGAUUCAGAUGGUUAUUGGGAGGCACCUCUUCCGUUCCGGAACCAAAGGCAGCCAUUACCAAACAAUAAACCACAGGCCAUCAAUCGAGCGCUGUCUCUUGAUCGAAGUAUGAAACAGAACCCUACAAAGAGAGAACAUGUGUCAAAGUUCAUGGACAAAAUAUUUGAGAAGGGGCAUGCAGAGGAAGCGCCACCUUUACCCGAUACCAAAGAAAGAUGGUACCUUCCUAUGUUCGGUGUUUAUCACCCGCAGAAAAGGGAUUCCAUACGAAUGGUGUUUGACUCGUCUGCGAAGUUCAGCAACAUCUCGCUCAAUGAUGUCCUUCUUAAAGGUCCAGACAUUACGAACAAUCGCCAAGGCAUCUUACGUUUUCGACGUGAGAGGGUGGCAGUAAUAGGGGAUGUGGAGCAGAUGUUUCACAAUUUGAAGGUGAAAUUGGAUCACAGAGACUAUUUGCGCUUUUUAUGGCACCCAGAGAAUAAUUUAGACCUACCCUUAAAGGAGUACAGAAUGACUGUCCACGUCUUUGGAAAUCGCCCCUCCCCGGCAGUCGCAACAUAUGGACUACGUCGCUGUGUUGCUCACUCUGACCCUGAUGUAAUUGACUUUAUUUCAAAAGACUUUUACGUGGAUGAUGGACUCUUAAGUUGUCCAAGUGAAGAUAUGGCCAUCGACCUGGUGAAGAGAACUCAGCUUGCCCUGAAGGAAGGGGGACAGCUUAAACUUCAUAAAAUCUCCUCAAACUCAAAGUCUGUGUUGUUGAAGUUUCCAUCAGAUGAUCUGGCCAGAGACCUAAAGGAUUUAGAUAUUGGCGGAGAUGAUUUACCUGUACAGAGAAGCCUUGGUAUGUCGUGGGACAUCAAUGCUGAUGUCUUCACCUUCAAGAUAUCAACUGACCAGAAGCCCUUCACUCGCAGGGGAGUCUUAUCAACCGUCAAUAGUCUGUUCGACCCCCUUGGUUUUGCAUCUCCAGUAACUGUGCAAGGGAAGAUGUUAUUCCGACAGAUGCUAUCAACCUCCAGUGAAGUUCAUUGGGACGAUCCCCUAGAUGACUCGUUCCGCUUGAAAUGGUCUAAUUGGGUCAACUCAGUCCGUCAUCUUGAAGAUGUCAGGAUACCAAGGAUGUGCAGCAAGUAUUCUGUUUGUGAGUCAAAACGCAAGGAACUGCACAUUUUUACGGACGCCUCCAAAUAUGCGAUAGCUGCAGUGGCUUUUCUGAAAGUAUGGAAGGACGAGGGUAACAGUGAUGUAGGUUUCCUUAUUGGCAAGGCCAAAGUGGCUCCAGCACAUGGCCACACAAUCCCCAGGCUGGAACUGUGUGCAGCGGUUCUUGGGAUAGAGAUAGCAGAAAUCAUCAAAGAACAGAUGGAUUUAGAGAAGAAAACUUUCAGAUUUUACAGUGACAGUCAGAUAGCUCUUGGUUAUAUAACCAAUGAUGCCAAACGUUUUUAUGUCUACGUUGCGAAUAGAGUGCGUAGGAUUAGGUCAUUUAGUGAACCUGACCAAUGGCGGCACAUUACUACUGAUCAAAAUCCAGCAGAUUUGGGUACUCAAUCGUUCGAUGCUCAAGAACUCCCUCAAAGUAUGUGGCUGCGAGGACCAGCAUUCCUUAGGGAAGACAACCUCUCCACUACCUUUGUGGGAGCACGUGAGAACUUUGCUCUCAUAUCAGAUGAUGAUAAGGAAGUUCGACCUAUUGUUGAAGUCAACAAAACGACCGUCGAGGGAAAGACCCAUAGCUCUUUCAAGUCUCGCUUAGAAAGGUACUCGCAAUGGACUAAACUAGUUCGCAGUAUCUUGAGGCAUGUUUUACUUGCAAAGCACUCCUGUAAACAUUCAACAAGACGAUGGCAUUACUGUCCACAGUCUUUGAACUUGGAGACCCUGAAUUCAGCUGAGAUUCAUAUUUUGAGAGAGGUACAAAGGUCUGAAUUCAGUGAAGAGGUAGAAUGUCUCAUCAAGGAGAAGCCCAUACCUAAAGGUAGCAGCAUCAUUUCCUUGGUACCAUUUCUGGACUCCAAUGGCUUACUACGUGUUAGUGGUAGGAUUUCUGCUGUACAGAAGUUAGUUGACUUGGACGUACACUCUAUAAUCAUACCUAAGAAAUCCCACAUAGCCACCUUAUUGACUAGGUAUUUUCAUGAGAAGGUAUCCCACCAAGGACGCAAGAUUACAGAAGGCAAGAUCAGGUCAUCGGGAUUCUGGAUAAUUGGAGCCAAGCCAAGCGUCUGA